GAAGCCUGUAGCUGUUUGGACCUGCUAAACCACACCAGGAGCCCAAGGACUGCCAACCCUGCCCUCUGAGCUUUCUGACCCCUGGUUGUGCCAUAAUCCCUUCAUGACAAGUCUACCCCUCUCUGGAACUGUGUCUUAUAACCUGACUGUGACAACACAUAGGAUUGUAUUCCAUCUGUGUGGGUGAGAGGGGACUGUCCACUCGCUGUCCCUCCACUCCCUCCCCUGCUCCCUGCUCCCUCCACACAUCGUGGGCCAACCAGAUCAAUAACGUGUUUCACCAUCUGUCUCACCUGACUGUUCAGCUGUGGAGAAAGAGAAAGAGAGAGAGAGAGAGACAGAGAGAGAGAGACACAGAGAGAGAGAGAGAGACAGAGAGACACAGAGAAAGAGAGACAGAGAGAGAGAGGUGGAGAAAGGAGCUCAGAAGUUGGUCCAGCCUGCACAAAGCAAGCCGUCAGUGCCACCAUCCCAUACCCUGGGUGACAGGCACUGCAGGAAUCUCAUCAGUCCCAGUAAAAGUCUCGUAGGAUGGGCUAUAGAUCCUAGGAGACUCCCAGGCCAACCUCCACAAACAGGCCUCGGAUAGAAAACACUUUAAGAUUGGAUAGUUUUAUUUUUAUUUCUCCUCUUCAGUUUGAUUUCUCUCAGUGCCAUCAGAAGCAAACCUUCUCACACACUCUGAGACCUCACUUUUGCCUUUAUAUCGGUUGCUCUUAAUCGACUACUCCUGCCUGGUUCAAAAUGGCGGUCAACGUGACUCCAAUUCGGGACACAAAAUGGCUGACCCUGGAGGUGUGUCGUGAGUUCCAGAGAGGGACGUGCUCUCGACCAGACAGCGAGUGUAAGUUUGCCCACCCUGCCAAGAGCUGCCAGGUGGAGAAUGGACGAAUCAUCGCCUGCUUUGACUCCCUCAAGGGUCGUUGUUCCAGGGAGAACUGUAAGUACCUCCACCCUCCACCCCACCUGAAGACCCAGUUGGAGAUCAACGGCAGGAACAAUCUGAUCCAACAGAAGAACAUGGCCAUGCUGGCACAGCAGAUGCAGCUCGCCAACGCCAUCAUGCCCAGCACACAGCUACAGUCCACAUGUAUGCCGGUCCCCAUGUUCUCUGUGACGCCCAGCCUUGCCUCCAAUGCCAGUGCUGCUGCGGCGGCAGUUGCGUUUAACCCCUACUUGGGCCCGGUGUCACCCGGCCUGAUGCCCGCUGAGAUCGUGUCCAGCGCCCCGGUCCUGGUGACCAGUAACCCCAACGUCCCAAUGCCCUCCACUGCUGCUGCCGGCGUACAGAAACUCAUGAGGACAGACAGACUGGAGGUGUGUCGGGAGUACCAGAGAGGCAACUGUAUGCGGGGGGAGAAUGACUGUCGCUUCGCCCACCCCUCAGACAGCACCAUGAUAGACACCAACGACAACACAGUCACCGUGUGUAUGGACUACAUCAAGGGCCGCUGCUCCAGGGAGAAGUGUAAAUACUUCCACCCUCCAGCCCACCUGCAGGCCAAGAUAAAGGCUGGCCAACACCAGGUCAACCAGGCUGCCGCCGCGGCAGCCAUGGGGCUCCCACCUGUUUUACCUCCAUUACCAAAGAGACCCAUACUUGAGAAAGCCAACGGUGCCACCGCCAUGUUCAACGCCGCUGGCAUGUUCCAGUACCAACAGUACCAGCAGGCCCUGGCCAACAUGCAGUUUCAGCAGCAGUUCAUCCCGUCAGGCUCAAUAUUGUGCAUGACACCUGCAACAAGUGUUGAGUGGGACUGGACUGGACUGGGACGGACUGUGGGUUGCAGACAGGUACCCAUGAUGCACGGUGCUGCGCCCGCCGCUGCGUCUGCAGCCACCUCCUCUGCCACAAGUGUUCCCUUUGCAACCGCAACAGCCAAUCAGAUUCCAAUAAUAUCUGCAGAUCAUCUUACUUGUCACAAGUAUGUGACCCAGAUGUAGACAUCUCAAGCAGAACAAUGAAACUGGAGUGUGCUGGUGUUCCGCAGUUAACCCUUCAUGCCUGUAACCAUGGAAAUAUAAUCUUUACAGGAGAUAUAUUUCUAAGCCUGUAACAUCCAGAACACCAGAAGACUCCAACUGACCUGUAAACUGUAGUGGUACUGACAUGCAUGAUCCUCUAGGAGGUCCAUUCUACACAACACCAAUACAGACAACAGCACUGGUGGGCCUUCCUACGGAGAGGAACUAUGCCAUCUACAGAACAUUACGGCCAGCCUUUAAGUCUGUGGAGACGUCAUCCAUUAACACACCGGACGCACUUUGAAUGUCAACGUGAGGAGAUAGUCACGCCCACUAGUUUGGUAUGUCAGCAGACCAAGACUCUCUUAUGUGUUGUUUCCCGGUUUUUUUUUUUCCUUAAUUGAUAUCAUUUUUUUUCAUGGUUUACACAAAACAAAGUUUUACACGUUGUAUUUUAAAUGAGAGGGGGGCGUUGGUUCUGUUAGUAUGAAAAAAUAUAUAUAUAUGCACUCACUAACUGUAAGUCGCUCUGGAUAAGAGCGUCUGCUAAAAUGUCUAAAAUGUAAAAAAUUGGGGAAUUAACAGGAAUAGUAACUAAUUGCCAUAUUAGACUGAAUGAAUUGUGCAUGUCUUGUUUGUAGAUGACUUGGUUCUUACAAGGCAAACUUGGUUGAAAUGGGUUAGCGGGCUUGGUGCCAAAAUGACAGCUGAAUUUUUUGAGUUUAUUACACCUUUGUGUUUUUUAAAUCACAUCCCAGCUUUACUAGAUCUGCUGCAAGCUACACGUAAAGUACCAUAGACUCUAUGUAUUUACAUUCCCGCUUAAAAAACAAAGUAUUCAAAGUCUCUAGUGUCUCUAGUGUCCUUGAACGUUUGCCUAAAGUUUGUAGUCAUUAACAGAUUACCCAUUCAUGGUCUUCGCCUCUUGGGUACGCAUUACCUACCUUAGGUUGUCUGAUUUACCUCUGGUCUUCUGUUGGUCUUCUUUUGACUUGCCUUGAGUGUAUUCCAUGGUGUGAGUCAGACAGAGAAGGAGUCUUGGUUCUGUUAGGACCUGGUGCUCUCUGUCUCUGGGUAUAGUCUAUAGACUAGUUGGUUCUGUAAGGACCCGGUCCUCUCUGUCUCUGGGUAUAGUCUAUAGACUAGUUGGUUCUGUAAGGACCCGGUCCUCUCUGUCUCUGGGUAUACUCUAUAGACUAGUUGGUUCUGUAAGGACCCGGUCCUCUCUGUCUCUGGGUAUAGUCUAUAGACUCUAGUUGGUUCUGUAAGGACCCGGUCCUCUCUGUCUCUGGGUAUAGUCUAUAGACUCUAGUUGGUUCUGUUAGGACCCGGUCCUCUCUGUCUCUGGGUAUAGUCUAUAGACUCUAGUUGGUUCUGUAAGGACCCGGUCCUCUCUGUCUCUGGGUAUAGUCUAUAGACUCUAGUUGGUUCUGUAAGGACCCGGUCCUCUCUGUCUCUGGGUAUAGUCUAUAGACUCUAGUUGGUUCUGUAAGGACCCGGUCCUCUCUGUCUCUGGGUAUAGUCUAUAGACUAGUUGGUUCUGUAAGGACCCGGUCCUCUCUGUCUCUGGGUAUAGUCUAUAGACUCUAGUUGGUUCUGUAAGGACCCGGUCCUCUCUGUCUCUGGGUAUAGUCUAUAGACUCUAGUUGGUUCUGUAAGGACCCGGUCCUCUCUGUCUCUGGGUAUAGUCUAUAGACUCUAGUUGGUUCUGUAAGGACCCGGUCCUCUCUGUCUCUGGGUAUAGUCUAUAGACUCUAGUUGGUUCUGUAAGGACCCGGUCCUCUCUGUCUCUGGGUAUAGUCUAUAGACUAGUUGGUUCUGUAAGGACCCGGUCCUCUCUGUCUCUGGGUAUAGUCUAUAGACUCUAGUUGGUUCUGUAAGGACCCGGUCCUCUCUGUCUCUGGGUAUAGUCUAUAGACUCUAGUUGGUUCUGUAAGGACCCGGUCCUCUCUGUCUCUGGGUAUAGUCUAUAGACUCUAGUUGGUUCUGUAAGGACCCGGUCCUCUCUGUCUCUGGGUAUAGUCUAUAGACUCUAGUUGGUUCUGUAAGGACCCGGUCCUCUCUGUCUCUGGGUAUAGUCUAUAGACUCUAGUUGGUUCUGUAAGGACCCGGUCUUCUCUGUCUCUGGGUAUAGUCUAUAGACUAGUUGGUUCUGUAAGGACCCGGUCCUCUCUGUGUCUGGGUAUAGUCUAUAGACUCUAGUUGGUUCUGUAAGGACCCGGUCCUCUCUGUCUCUGGGUAUAGUCUAUAGACUAGUUGGUUCUGUAAGGACCCGGUCCUCUCUGUCUCUGGGUAUAGUCUAUAGACUCUAGUUGGUUCUGUAAGGACCCGGUCCUCUCUGUCUCUGGGUAUAGUCUAUAGACUCUAGUUGGUUCUGUAAGGACCCGGUCCUCUCUGUCUCUGGGUAUAGUCUAUAGACUCUAGUUGGUUCUGUAAGGACCCGGUCCUCUCUGUCUCUGGGUAUAGUCUAUAGACUCUAGUUGGUUCUGUAAGGACCCGGUCUCACUCGUGGUGGAGACUCUAAAAAAGGAAUGAUAGAAUGAAGCACAGUUGAAAGUUGCAUGAUAAACCAAAUCGCCGAGAGGAGUGAGAAGUUUCAAAGAGUUUCAGGGUGGCUUACGGUUGAGUUGCCAUGUCAGUUUUAAAAUGGUAUUGUUCGUAUUUUAUUACAAUUUAUUCAUUGUUUUGUUUUUGUUUUAUAUUAAGUACAGUGCAUAUAGUCUAUGACAUAUAAGAGAACUUGUGAAAACAAUUAAAUGUGUGAUAGUAGGUAUAUUUUUGGAUAGAUACAGCCAAAGGUUUGUUUAUCUUGUGUUUCUUUUAAAUGACGGGGAGGGCUAGUGGAGACAAAAUCAAAGAUAAAGUUAUGUAUUGACGAGUGGGGGAGUGCAGAGUAGUUUUCUAAAAACUGCUUCUGCAUUGCAUCGUGGGUGUUUCUUGGAGCAUAUUGAUUGAUGGCAUGAUGGUAUGAAAGAGUUGGGAAAAGUUUGACCUGAUUGUAUUACUCAUCCAAAGCCUUAGAAAACACCACGGGGUCGGGAACAACUGAUACAUGCCAUUUCAAAUCGUCCUCUUGCCUAACCCAUGCUAUUGUGUCACCACACAGAGCUUUCUUGCUGUAUAUGAUUGUUGCUUAUGUCUUUCUUUCACUGAAAACAUUUAUUUGUUGUUGAGUUAAGUCGUGGAAGAAGAUGAAUGUGUUAUUUCAUUUUGUUUAAUUCACGGAUUACAUUUUGGAUAUUUAGUUAAAGGUGUUUUGGUUUACUAGAUUUUUACCAGUAACUUUUUUAGGAUGCUGAAUAUUAGGUAAUGUGUGUGUUUUUGUGUUCUUCAUACCAUAUUUAGUUUUCUGAAAUGUAAUGUAACACUGAUUUGAAUAUUUACUGUAGUGUUAUUUUCUGUGAACUGUAAGAAUUUUGUUAAUUUCUUGUCUGUUUGAGUUCUUUGAACAAAUAUAUUUUAUAUGGGUAUCUGACAUUGAAGAAAUACUAGAACAAUGAGGUCUGCUGUGACAACCCUCACCGACCAUGGAGUAAUAUUUUAAUGAUCGUCUGGGUUGUAGCUAGUCACUCUUAUAAAGGGGAAAAUAUUAUAAAGAAAUCUCGUUCUUAGAUGUGUAGAUAAAACAAGUAAUUUUCUACUGUAUUCAUUUCAAAUAGAAACUAUUGUUUUGAAUGUUUUAAAUCUCCCUGGAAGUCAGGCCAUGUUGAAAACCUAGUUGCAUAUUUGAUCACUCUUAGGGGGCGUUGUAGUUGAGGUCAGGUGUCUGAUCUCUUUACUUAACCCGCUAACAAACGAGGGGAAACCUAGGUGACGAAGGUUGACUUUUUUGCACUUCUGUACAUAGUCAAAAACAAAAGAGAGAAUUAUGUAUAAUAUUGAGAUCUUAUUUUGAAUAAAAAAGUAUCAAUAACUACACGAAACUUUGCUAGGAUAAUAAACAAAAUAAUGAAAGGCUGAAACAAAGCUGUUCUCACUCUGUAGCCCUUUCAGAAAAGGCAACGUGUUCCUCUUCUUUAUUUUGUCAGCGGCUUGUAGUUUUCCAGGAAACCUUCGGGUGGUGGUGUGCACUAACCACCGGAGAAAAGGGCACGACUGGGGUUGUCUCGUGUCAUGGCCACACCCUUCCAGGCCCAACCAAUCAAAACAAGUCCUGUUUUAGCCAGAGUAAUGCAUGUUAAAGGAGAAUGACAUAUACUUUUUUUAAAGAACUAGUUCACAACAGAGUAAUAUUGAAUAAGUCGACAUGUUACACAGCAUUUACAGUAGACAGUAUAAUAUCAAUGUAAUGGACUAACAGAAAAAGAAAAAAAGAAAAAGAAAUUAUUAAAAAGAUUCGUAAGAAUCUCACUUCAAGAGUAAUAACACCUACAGUAAAUACAGUACAUAGAACACAAACGCCAUAGCUGUCAGUAAGUUUCUUUCUGUUUAGAAGCAAUGCUUCUGGUUGAUGAAAUGGACAAAAAACAUGAAAGUAGUUUGCCAGGUAAACUAUUGGGGAACCUAUAAAACAGUUCUCGAUUUCUGUGUUACGCAUGGGCUUCAACGUUAGUCCAAACCGGUGAUGUGACUUUUUUCAUCUGUCACGAGCACAUGCCUGAUGUUAUGAUAUGAUGUAAUCUGAACUUUACGUUUUCUCAGCUUGUCGUGCUAAAACGAUGUAUUCUGUCUGCCUAUGUACUGUUGUCUUCUGCUAACGUUUGUCUCUGCUUAUUUUAUUGUUCAGGGCCCCCUGAAAGGAUUUGCGCCAUGUAGCCAGAUGUCCACCUCCUCUGCAAAGCACGUGCUAUGUAAGCCACAAUCUAAAGCCAUAAUAUAUUUUCCAUUAAAAAAUGAAUCAGUGUCGAGUUAACAGUAUUCAUAAGAAUGAAGGUGCAUGAUUGGUUGGCCAUUGACAUUUUUGGUCUACCGUUUAUAAAGCUGGUUUUAACAAAGUUUGAGCGAUUGGUGAAGAUGCACUGUGCUAACUUGGAAGGGAUUGUUUGACUGGCAAUGGCUAUCAUGUGGGAAUCCUUUCACCGGGGUUCUAAUGCUUUAUAUGAUUCUAGCUGUUGAGAAUAAAAUAAAAAUGUAAUAAAAAUAUAUACAUUCAGUAAAAUAAAAGUGAAU